UUCAGUUGCGACUUGAUCGCGGUCUGUAUGACAUAUCAAAUUGAAAAUCGUUCGUACGUAAGGCAAUCACAUCAGUUGCGCCUCGUUUAUAGACCACUGUUCAUUUGAAUAACGGAAAUAGAUCCGUAAAAAUGUGCAAUUUGUUGAUUUUUGAGUGCCACGGAUUUUGAAGUGUGAAAAUUGAAAAAAAAAGAACGAAAUUUUAACGAACAUUUAGAGUUUAAUGACAAAAGAAAAGUUUUCUGCCGACAAAGAUUAAGAGCGAUAAAAAUGAUAAAAGGAAAGUUUUACGCUGGUUUACCCAGUGAAAUGAUGACGCGUGGUAAAACGGUGAAUCGACAACAGACACAUUUCUUUUGGCCCGACGAAACCGAUGCUGAAUCAGUGACUUCCCGUUCAAAACGUAUCGUUUCAAAACCAGCACCAAUUACCACAAACAACAAUAACAACACUGACACCACUCAAUCGGAUAUAAAACCCAAAGAAUUAGUUCGCAAGCAAUUGUCAUCGGGCAUUCAAUUUUAUGAUAAUGUUAAUGCAAAAACGCCAGAAUCACGUCGUCGACGUUUCAAAAAAAUUGACAACAUUAAUUUAAACAAUAACAACGGCAUCAAUUUUCAGCCAGAGAAAAAGAAACUCGAAACAUUUUCGUCAAAAAUCGAAUUUUACGAUUUUGAGCAUGAAAACAAUGCAAAAAAUGAGAAACCAGUGAAAUCAAUUAAUGUGGAAGAGAUGCGAAAAGAUCAAGAAAUCAAACCGAAAAAUGAAAGUCAUGAAAUGAACAAAAAGCGCAUUUCAUUCCAGACGGCGGAAAAAACAAAAGGUAUUUUAAAAAAUAAUAGUGAAGAGAAAAAACCGGGUGGCGAGAAAGUAUUGGUGAAACCAUUGCCAAAAAGAGGACUAUUGCCGAAAAAUUUGAGCAAAUCGGUUGAAAAUAUUUCGAAAAUGGUAAAAAAUAUUGAUGAAAGUGAUGGCGAUAAGAAACCAGAGAAAUUAAGCACAAUUAUAAAAGAAGUGAAAAAUUUGAAUUUGUCACAAGGCCGAAAAGUUGAUGAUUAUGAACGGAAUUCCUAUCAUCGUGGUUCGAAUCGAAAUGAAGCAAGACGAAACAACGAUUACGAUCACUACUAUUCAGAUAAAUACGAAAACAAAGGCUAUCGAGACGAUGAACGUCGAUACAGAAAUGAUGAACGAAGCCGGGAUGAACCAUAUAGAUAUAAUAAUGACUAUGAUGACAGAGGCGAUAGAUUUGAAAGAGGUGACAGAGGAUAUGUUGAACACAGCUAUGAAAGAUCCCAAAGAAGUUCGUUUUCACAACCACCGUAUGAACACCGACAACCUGCUCGUCGUCAUGAAGAGAGUCCGAUUCGUGGCAGACGUUCGCCCAACUAUGAUCGAUACGAUAAUCACUAUGAACCGAAAACCGAGAGCCGAGAAUAUGAACCGAGACAUACUUCGACUAAAAAGCCCAUUUCACGAAAAACAGAAGAUCGAUACUAUGACGAAGCACCCGUUCGAAAUGUUCGCCAUGAAGAAGACGAGUAUUCAACGUGCAUCAGUCGAAAGCCAACACAUGUUCCACAACAUCUUCGAACAAAUAUAUUGUUUAGUGGGAAAGUUGGACCUCAAGCCCAGCGACCGAUGAGUGUAAGAAAUUCAGCUGUGACACGUGUAGGCGUUGGAUUACCCGACUACGAAUGACACACAGAGAAACAAAAUGUCGUAGUUGCUGCAGCUGUUUAUAUAUAAAGACACUUUUUUUAACAAAUAACAACACGAUUGAAUAACGAGAUGUACUUAAUUUCUUCUAAGUUUUUUUUUGUUGUUUCAUCUAUUUUCCUUCUUCCUCUAAAAAAAAUCAAACUGACACUAAUAAAAUGCUAACCGAUAUGUUUUCUUAUUAUUCUUUUAA